GAAGAGCAAAAGAGAGAGAGAGAGAGAGAGAAAUAUGGAAGACCGCUGUGAACGCAGGCUCAAGAGAAUAAGGCCUACCCCGAUCGUGCUGAGGGCUAUAGAAGAAGAAGACGGAAUGUCCGACCAUCCUUCAUCUCCGGAGGAGAGUUACGCCGUUCCUUUGCCGCCGACACCUCCCCCGAGCCCCGAGCUCUCGCGACAGCUUUCACCCACUCGCUCUGAGGAACCUGUCGUCUCGGGGCACAAGGAGACUGUCGUUACGGAGCACGCUAACGAGGAUCCCGCGGGGAUGGAGGUUCAGGACACUCCUUCGAAUGAGAACUCACUCUGCGGGUCGGAUGACGCAUUGCCGACGACCAUCGACGACCCCGACGCACCGCUCACAUGCUGGCUGGAGAGGGUCGAGUUUUUCAAAUGUCUGGAAUCAGCGGUGCUUCAUUGCCUCAACAAGGUUCUGAGAAUGUACGCCGAAGCCAAAUGCAACGGUUGUCAGAUCAGCCAUCCUAGCCAGAGACAACACACGUGCUUGCUCGACCCACCCGACGACAUAUAUCAGACCUCCUUUCACGGUGUGAUGCGGAUGCUGUGGGACUCACAGUUCGUCCAAGCCCUUGAGAAAUAUAUGGAGAGCUACGGGUUUUACGAGACAUGCGAGGGCGACAUAAUCGGGCCUGCAGCAGAGAUUCUUUUGCUGGGGUAUAGAUCAGGAGGACCGAUCUACGACCGCAUCUACCGAAUGUACGAUGAAAUCAAACCUGACGAGGAGAGAAUAGAGCGUUUCAUAAAGCUGGUCAUGGACUGCUGCUAUACCUGUUAACUUGAUUUUAUUCCAUACCGUCAUAUAUGCAUUUAUUCAGUGUGUUUCUGCAGCUACCUCUUAUAUUUUAUUCUAUACUAUUAUAUAUUUGAUUAUUCAGUGUGUGUUUUUUUUGCUGUGCUGGUAGCUAUUAUAUACGCUUGUAGUUUGAU